GAAUGAAGUAGUCUGUGUUGUUUAAUGCCUCUAUCUCAAAUUUGAGAGUCUGUACAUUUAUCAACCAAUUCUAUCUUACCUUCUUGGCCUUUUUACUGAGUGUUUUUAUCCAUAAGAGACUGACUGCUAACGCCUUACUGUUCAUUCCAUAAGGAUCUCCUGCCUCCACUGAAACCUCUGUUCUUUUAAUAUUAGCUGCUAGGCUGAAGUCACUUUCCUCCUCGCCAUCCCCUCACCAGCUCCUUCGCCAUUCCUAUCGUCACCUCCUCAACAUGAUCGGCCCACAAAUGUAGCAGUGUCCUUUGCAACGGUCUUCUCGUGGUCACACUCUUCGUAUUCAUGAUCAUGUCUAUCUAAGGGCGGUGUGCCGGGUGUGCCGUUCGCACCUACCGUGGAGAGAUUUUUGGUGCAGUUCCUUCAGUGGCGGCAUCCUUCACUGGGAUUCUGCGAGUUUCUUCUCUCAGUUCCAACCCGACGACAUCUCCCUCAUUGACUGAAAACAGAUACACUCCUUUGCAUUGCGCCCGCUUGACGGGCGACGUAAAAGAUGGAAGACGGGUGACCUGGAUGACGGGUGACUUGAAAGACGGACGACCUAGACAAGAGUGGAAAACCAAGCGUCCUUAGUAGUGGGCAUAGACUUGCCAUCGAUAUCUCCGGCCCUUCCCAAUGCCAACUAGGCUUUCUUUGCAGCGGAGAAGGUGGGAGAAUACACUGGCAUACAUGCUAACGAUCCGCACAAUUAUGGAUGAAGUUUGCAUGUAGCAGCUUUUUUGAGCGUGGUUGUGGGGGUUGGCGGUGGAUUUUGAUUAUGGUCUAUGGGAUCUGCCCAUUACUAUGUUUCCUUUCUCUUGUCAACCAUGUAUUCUCAAGGACAUGAGACUUUAGAACAUCCAUAUCAAUGAGGUGCUUCUGACCAUCUGUCUAUCCUUCUUGCUGCCUGUCAUCCAAUGCUUUUGUUGCGCUGCCGAGCCAAUGAGGCUGUGAUCCUACUUUUGCCUUGCCAGGACCUUCGACUUUUCUUGACUUUCGAACGCCUAAGCGAUGUCGCGACCGGGGAGUAGGGGUGGACUGAUGUGAGGCUGGGAGGCAUAGUUGUCAGAACAGCCACAGUGAGAAAGUCUUUCCAUAGUGGCAAACUUACUAUUAUGCUUUUGACCCUUGACUAUCCCUCUGGGUUGGACUUGGUUCUUUUCUUGAUUCGGUUCAAUCUCCAGAUUGCUAGAGUGCCCUGGUACCCGCCGACUCGAAGUGGACUCGAAAACCAGACUUAACGGCAAGGCACUCAGAGCUUGAUCCAUGGCGUCUUUGACAUAGCAGUACUUCUGAGGAGGGCCAUUGAGCCAGCCAUUCUGCUUCAAAUCACUCAAGGAAAUAAUCUUCGGCAGUGCCUCUAACUUUUGAAUCUCGUAGGCAUACCUAGCUAGGUGCUCCAACUUGCCUUGGUCGAACUCAUCAUUCCGGAGGCCACUAGAAUCGCGGAUCUCACCCGGCUGCUUGCCAGCACUGAUAGUGGCAACAUAUUUAAUGGCUGAUGCAGGGCUUGUCUCGUAGAUCCAGAGUCGUUUGAUAUGUGGUGGGAGAAGGUACUUCCGGAAUUCAUGGUUUUUGACACGGAGAACAAUAUUCGCAACGUGUUGAGGAUGAAGUGCGAUAACAAUAUCACUCUUGAAGCCUCUCGUUGCCAUCGAAACAAUUGACAGAGUGGAUGAGAAAAUCGUGACUGGUGGGAGAACGCGUCAGGUUGGAAUCACGGUUGGAAUCUCGCGAACAGACAGUAGUGACCACCAAUUCCUCACUUCAAUCCUACCUUAGGUAACUUACCUCGUUCAAUCAACUCACGCUAAGCCUAUUUGGAAAGAAUGGUGCAAGCGCCUCGGCGCAGAGAUUUCCCCUUAACACUCUUACUAUUAUGUAGUUAACUUAGUUAGAAACCAUCAAAGAUUAAUCAGUGGCUAAAAGAUCAGUAUCAUCAUCAUCAUAAUCAUAUAGAAGAGUAAGAAAGGAGAAAACCAAAAGACUAACUCUCAGCGUUGUGUGUGGAAGAACCAGAUUCUGAUCCUAUGAUUAGCAAAAAUGAAAGACCAAGGUUUAAGAGACCAUCAAGUAGAACGUAACAUGUUUGGUUCAAGUUCCUGUUACAAAUUAGUCAUUAUACUUACCCAAAGCUUUAAGAGACAAGUUAAUAGACAUUCUGUUGAUUCGUCAUUCGUUCUAUCAUCCAGUUCGCCGCUGAUUGCUCAGCCAUGAGGUUCAAGUCUAAAUCGCCUCAAGCAUUCUCAGAUAGCAGUGCUGCAUUACAGCCCAAUAAGAUAAUUGCGAGCGAGUCGCGGUAGGUGUGAGGGUCAAUACACAGGCUGGUCCGUCAUGAGGAUAUAUGUCCUCUGCGUCCGCGGGGACCGGGGACGAUGUCUGAAUUGAGAGAUGGAGAAGUAGACAUGUCAUCCUGUGACACGGCAGCGAGCAGACUAUUGAUGCUUCCGUACGACAAGCAUGAAUGAGUUGCUUCAGUGAGCUCAAGCAUGGAAGAGCAUAGAAGCUCCGAAGGGGGUUUAUAAGGCGAGUCCUCCCGGGCUCCGUUGCCCGUUUCCUUUCCUUCUUCAUGUUUGAACUUCUCGUGAACCUGUACCUAGCCUUAGUGGAACAAAUACUAGCAAUAUCGCUACUCAGUGUCAACUGGAUUGGCACCAUGGAUUACACCCUUCCUCACGAUGGUAUUGGGCACUACCCCUUGGGAGCUGGGUCAUACUAUUUCCGAGACGACCUCAUCGGCUGGAUUCGCACCCACAUCGCCGAGACACAGAUCAAUAUUUUUAUCGGCGCGCAACCGAACUCCUCUCCUCACAUAGGCAACAUAACAAACAUAGCAACAGCCUUUGCACUGGGUCAGCACUUGCAGAGAGCUGGGAAGAUUGUUUGCGUAUACUUUGACUCAGUUGACACUGCCCCAGCACCGGAACUAGAUAGCAAUCUUCAAAUCAACGGGGUCCUGUACCAGAGAAGUCUCCGCUGGAGGGGCGUCGACAAAACAUAUCUUUGCCAAUUCAAUGAAAUCCUCAAGGCAUUCUCUCGAGUCUCAGGUGUUGCUUAUACAGUGAGAAUGCAAGCGGACAUUCUAAGCAGCAGCACAGCCCUCGAGAAUCUCCGUGAGAUCAUAUCGCAGCACUGCCAGCUUGGUGCGCUAUUCUCGCCCAAGAACGGCUGCAUUGGAGUGAGAGCGGCUUGCCCCAACCAUGCGUGUGGGCUAGCUGACAAGGCGGGAAUUCGGAAUCGGUACUUGGAGGACUGUAUUGAAUUUCACUGCCCAACACACGGCAACUUUGCGCUGAGCCUUCGUGACCCGCAGCAGACGGCGAAGCUGGAGCUCAACACACCAAUGCGAAACCUGCUUCGCAAUCAGCUCUUUUGCAGCGACCCAGCCGCGCACUGGAUCCAGGUCAUUGGCGCCGACUACGCCGGCUUCUAUCAGGAGCAGCUUCUAUGGCGCCCACUCGCCACCACCUCGGCCGGCAAGCCUCCCAUCAUACUUUACAGCCCUGCAAUCCUGGAUUGGUCGGGCGCGAAGCUCUCCAAGAGUCUGUAUGUCGAGCGAGACGCAUACAAGUACCUAUCAAAUACCCACCUGAGGUAUAUGCUGAGCUAUGAUCUCUUGGCAGCCAGCGAGUUUACCCUCGAAAUUGUCUAUCACGUUUGUAGCGACUGGAUCGACCAACCACACAAACUCUUUCGAGCAUACUCAAUCUACUAUCUCCACGAUCUACUGACUGCCGCCAAGGAUGCAACCUCCAGCUGAAAGCGCGGAGAAUACGCCGACUCAUGCAGGGAUGUGUCACUGAUGGAAGUUAGUUUGAGUUCCAUAUCUCAUCAGCCAGAGGUGCCCAAAGCCUUUAUGGCUUUAGAAAUUAAACUUGUCCCCUUUUUAUAUUAAUUUGCUUGUUCUUCAUCUCAUUGCUGUGGCAAGACUCACGCUGAAAAAUAUAACAAUCAAAUGCCAAUAGGGGAGAAAAUCUCAAGCUCAUGACCCGUUUUAUGUAGGAACGCGUGAGAUACCAAAGCAAGCAGCUGAUCUCCAUGUGGUGUUAGAUGAAAUGGAACCUGUCACUCCGAAGGUGUUCAAUGAGAAAGACGCUACCUCUGCCUACAAGCCCAGGUCAUAUCUUUGCGGCGUAGCAUGGUCUGAGCACAGGUCAGGAAGGAAAAAUGCAUGAUCAAAAUUGAAUUGGUGCACGGGACUUGGGGCCUAGGGCUGGAAGUGGGGUAUGAGGGGAAUUGAGAACAUAUCAUCUCAGCCAAGCUCUACUGACAGGAGCAGGUGCAGGAAAGAGCUGGACAACAGUAUAUACUUGGUCAACCUAUUGAAGGGCAUAAGAUGAGUGAUACGCGCCGGGUAUGAGCGAACAUUUGAUUGAGGAUGCUCAAAAGGUAAGUACAAGCAAGUUGAAACCACCCAAUGAAUGGCCAACAUUGGGGAUGACUCUCCAACAACCUCCGCCCUGAAGGGACAUUAUCAGAGGGUUAUUUCAGGCUGUUCCAUUCACCAUGAUGCCAACAAAGAGCCAAUAUCAAUGGCAGGAAAAUACCCCCCGAUGGCCAGCAUUGUAGCACAGACCUCCAGCAUUUGUUCUCCUUUUCCACUUUUGUUCAUCAACAUAUGUAUGCAGUUGACAUCAUGACUGACCAUUUGCAUUUUGACAAUGCAACAAGGCUGCAUAACUCGACAUGCACUUAUAUGUGGAGUCACCAGCUGUAUUCAUGCCUUUACAUUUCUACACCGCUUGAUUUGAGAAUGUGUUUGAUGAAGAUGAGACAUUGUUUGCGCAAGAUUGGUUUAGGGGCUAUAUUGGUGAGACUCCAACAUUUAGUCGGAUGCUGGUGAAACUCCUGGUGGAGAUAUAUGGUGACAGGCUCUCGAGGACGCGGAUCAAGAAUGACCGGGUGAGACAUAUGAGGCUGAGCAACCAGCUUGUGAUGCUGAGCUGGCAGAAGAGAGUCCGGUGGAUGAGCACUCUGAGUCAGAACUGGAGGAAGGUUGUAUAAUUGAGUGCUCUGAGCCAGUACCACAGGACGCUAGUAGCCCUGGAUCAGGGUCACCGUGUGAAGAUUCCCCUUCCAUCGAAGUUGUGUGGCACGGAGUGGAACAACUGGAAUCGCUCAAUGAAAAAGAUAUUCCCACUGAGUUGGAUCCUGUCAUGUAUGCUGAUGAGGACCAACCAGCAGCUGAAGAGUAUGAUUUGUGGGGUUUUCCAAAACCAGAAAAAGUGCAAGGAACAAUGUAGAGGUUGUGGUAGAGUAGGAGGGAAAUAUUUCCAAGCAGCAAGUGGUAGCGUCACAAUGGGUUUAUCAUUGAAAUUUUGAUUCUAUUUAGUUGUAUUUCAUAAGACAAUAGCCCAAUUGAAAUUCUGUUAUUGGUCUCCGGCGCUAGCAUUAAGUGACUAUCUCCGGGGAUCAUGA